AACUUUGCCAGUCUUGUUUAAGCUGUUGAUCCGACAUGAAGUUUUAUCUUGUUACAAUCAGUAUUACUUAGUUUUGUACUUUUUUCAGUUUCUUUUUGUUUCUUGUUUUACUUUUUUUUCCUCCUCAUUUAAUAUUGGAUAAUCAAACAUUGUAAUCAAUUGCUGUUAAUCAAAAUUAAAGUGAAUCCAAGUGAGUGAAUCAACGUGUUAAGAGUACGAGAGAAGACGGGAAAAGUAAAUGAAAACGAAAGCUUAAAUUAGCUCAUUUCUCAUCAAUCAGUUUAUCACCAAAUUGUUUACAAGGAAAGGUCUGACCAUUUGCAGAGAAGCAAAAAAAAAGAUUUGACCAAAGCCAUUCCAACAGAUUGUCACUGCCCAACCCAGUCUAAUUAGGCUCAUUUGCUUCAAGCAACAUUCAAUUUUGACAUUUAUUUUCUUGUAAUUCAACAGCAUUCAACAAUCAAUCAACGAUACUCCAAAUCUCAGGAAUUAUCAAGCUAAAGAUUAACCAAAACUGCAGAUUUCACUUUUUGUUGUUUCAACUUUUUCUUCUUCUCAGUCUUUAUCAAAAUCUUACUGAUUUCAUCAAAGUUUUGUUUCCAUGUGUCUGUGUGUGUGACCCUCAAAUGUGUGGAUUCCUGUGUCCAUCUUCAAUGGUCAACUUGAUAACCAAGGUUAUCUCAAGUGUUAAGGUUAAGACCAUCUAAAGUGGCCUUAAGUGGCCCAAUUGUAGGUCUUGCAAGAAGCAAAAGAAGGAGAGGUGAAAGUGAAGAUAAAAGCCAGGUAAAGAAGAGCGAGCAAGAAAAGGGAAGAGAAAAAACGAAAGCGACUAACAAAAAGACCGAACAGAAAAGACGGAAUAAGACGGAAUAAGAAGAGUCGGAAGAGGACGAAGAGGACAACCAAGAAGAAGAAGAAGAAGGAAGAGAAAUAGAAACAAAAAACAAAUACCAGAGAAGAAGAAAAAUGAUGAGGAAGAAUCAAGAUCAGAGGGAAAAAAGUGAAAACUUGAAGCAUGUCAAUGACGAUUGCUUAUCAUCUCAGUGACUUCUCUUCGUUCCGUUCACGUUCAAUCCGCUUUAUUAUACAUAAAAUUAUAAUCACAUUGUGCCUCUACCUUUUAUCCUGCCACUUGGUACAAAGUAAAUUUGUUGCUCAACGAAAGAUUCAAGUUCCAAUGGUUGUUGAUAUUCAAACACGUUUCACUUUACCUCAACAAAUUGUUGUUGACAAUUUUAACAAACCUCGAUUGUGUUCAAAUUUAGCACCAAAAAAAUCUUUUAAAUCAAACAUAUCAACAUUUUCAAGUUACUCAUCAUUACCACCUUCAAUCUCAUCAAGUUUACCUUUAAGUGUCUCAACCAUAUCAUUACCAGGAUCAUUAGGCAAUUAUGAAUCAAUUUUACCACCUUUACAAUCAAAUACCAAAUUUACAUCAACCUCAUCAACAACAACCUCAUCCUUUUCAUCACCUUUAUAUACCUAUUCAUCAUCAAGUUCACCAGCAAAUUCAAGCCCAGAAUAUCCAAGCAUAUCCAUGUCACCCUCACUAGCAACAUUAAAUUAUCUCAACUCAAGCCAACCAUCGACACCUUUGAGCCAUAAAAGACGCCACGAGAAGCACCAUCAACAACAAGCCAAAUCAAAGUGUCACUCGAUAAAGGUUCAUCGAUCAAAAAUGGUCUUCAUUCAACCCUUAUGUAGUAAACAUUACCUUCACAUUACGGGUAAAACUGUUAGAGCAACCAAAACAUCUCAUCUCAUUGACAGCGUCUUUAAUAUAACUGCAAUGGCCAUUCGAGGUAAAAGAUCUGGAACUUUGGUCAGAUUCCAAGAUCUAAGAUCUGGAAAGUAUAUCUGUUACAAUAAAAAGGGUAAAAUUGUUGCAAAGGAAAAUGGUCAAUGGGAUUUAUCGUGUAUAUUUCGAGAGCAUCAUUCAAAUGGUCUUUCAUUUAAAUAUCAAUCUUUUUACAACAACAAUUGGCACCUUGGAUUUGACCCGAAAGGUCGACCCAUUAGAGGAACAGUGAAUCGACAUGAGCGUAGUAAAAGUGGUUCAAGAAGAUUGAAAAUCAGUAAACAUUGUUAUGAGUUUUCCAAGAUUAAUAUUAAACAAUCCAAUUAAGAGUAUUUUGGACACUUUGGUCACCAUUAUGUUCAUCAUUAUCAACAAUUUACCAGUCACAAUCAACUUCAUUAAUGCACAACACGAUACAUUCCAAUCUUUUUUCUUCUCUCCUUUUCAAUGAGCAAAAAUUUCUCAUCUUUUUUUACAACAUUUUACACUAUUUUCAUUAAUUAUUGAUAAGCAUGAAUUAUUCAUUUCCAUGAACAUGAACAUCUCUAAUUUCAUUUUUUAUAUCAAUUGUAAUCCAUUUCUUUUCUGCCAAUAUAUGCCUCUUAUAAUCAUGUUACAAUCAAUUGAAUUAAAAUGUGAAUCAAGAGGAGUUUAUCAUUAUAUAUGGUACAUAAUAAAUAAUAA